AUGCCGCCAAAACGUGAGCGCACAGUUCAAGGCUCAUGUUGGCCCUGCAAACAACGCCGGGUGAAAUGCGAUCUAGGGAAGCCCUUGUGCCAGAGAUGUGUCUCGUCUGGGGCAAAGUGUUGCUACGACAAGCUUUUGAUCAGGUGGAAAAAGAAUCCGCCAACAGCACAAAGCCUAUCCAUCUAUAAAUCCCCAUUUAUGAACAUCAAUGUGCACUCAAAAGACAGCGCCUUGGCCAUUGGAGAUCUUAAGGCCCUUGAAUACUUUCAAUUCGCAGUAUGGCCUCUUUUUACCACUGCCGCUCAUCCUUGCCCACCCCCCAUACCUCUAGCUAUGGAAUUUGAACCGGUACUUCUGGCUGUGUGUGAAUUGGCUGAGGCACAUCGCAUACUGCAGGACAAGGCUGUGAGUAGCACGGUGAGCGCACCGUUUGAUAAAAGAAUGAGCUGCCUGGCUUCAGUCCGGGAACAGCUUCGAGAUAAUAAUUCCAAUCACACAUCACUUUCGCCUCUGUUGGUGGCAGUCUUUUUGCUCUACUUUCUGGACGGCUUUAUUGAAUGUGAUCCCCAAUCUGCAUCGACGUCAAGUCACCACGUGGGCGUCCAAGCGAUUGUUGAUCAUCUCGGAGGAUUCACAGCUCUUAUAAAAAUGGGCCAAAAGGACAUCACUAUGCUACUAUCAGAGUUUGCAUCUACGGACCUAACAAAGGCUCUGCUGGAUGAUCGACCGCCUUGCUUCCCCGCUGAAAUCUGGACACAGAUAGAGCACGGGACAGUGUGGUGGGACCAAGAAACAUACGACGGCACAACACUAGCAUCGGUGUUUAGAAUAAUGGCAGAUAUGUGCUUAUAUCGCCAUCAAAUCAGAGGAGACCCGGAGACAAUUUCAAUGGAAGUUGUGCGAGAUUUUGAGCGGUGUCUACAGCCGUCAUUCCAGACUCUCAACUUCGACUACAUCAAAAGCCCCAAUACAUAUACUGUGCAUGAAUCGACACUUGAACCCAGGAUGCAAGCGGAUUCUUUCACGCGCGCUUUUCAACAUAGUGCUCUCGUCUACCUCUACCGAGCAAUCUGUGGCCUUCCACCAAGACAUUCUAUGGUACAGCAGCAUGUUCAGUCUUGUGUGGAGUGCAUCAGAAACAUCUCGCCUCUUUCUAAGGCUCAUAACUGUAUAAUAUUUCCAUUGUACAUCAUGGGUGCCCACACAUUCCUGCAAGAUCAGCAAGCAUUUGUCUUGGAGAGACUUGAUUCUAUAUACAAAUAUCUACGCUUUAACUCUGUGCUAUUAGUUCGUACAGCGUUAGAGGAAUUAUGGAAGUCACCGCGGCAUAAUGGGGAUUGGUGGGAUAUGUUUAGAUCUCUAGGUGAACAUGUGCUUGUGAUUUAG